CCUUCCAACGAACAAGAUCUCCGUCAUCCAGCUGGUGGAGGAUCCUAUUAUUGGAGGCUGUAUGCGAUCAGCUGAGUGUAAAAGCCUCAUCAAUCCUUGAACGUUAUAGUGAACCAUCUGAUUUGUAUCAUAGAACGACUGGUGAUGUGUAAGAAACGCGUUAGUUUCUAAUGGAAAAGUGUUUAUUCGUAUACGGCAUACUGUUGCGUACAGUACUUCACAAUAGUGUAUGAUUUUUUGUGGAAACAUUUAUCCUCGGAUCUCUACACAGUGACAUCGGUUGUUAUAGAAAGCUUCAAUAGAAAUUCGGUAAUGAACAUUGUCUGCGUGAGUGGCACGGGUCACGGAGGAAGUUGAAAAUUAAUAACCGCGGCAAUAACCCGUUGACCGUAAUCGGGAAAAUACCGAAACCUACUAGUUUCGCCAUCUGCGAGUGAAUAGAGUCAAAAUGACAACGACACCGGCAUUUCCAUUGGCUGCAAAGAGGAAGAGAGUUUUGAAGCUUUGCUGUCUCGGGGUACUGUUCAUUACCAUGGCUUACGCGAUCAUAGUGAUUGAUCCCACCGAAGUUAUUGUUGAAGAUAAAUUGUCCAUGUAUGAAGGCUCUUAUUUGAACAGAUUGUGGAAAAAACCGCCACUCGACGUCUUCAUCAGCAUUUACGUGUUCAACAUCUCAAACCCAGAGGCUUUUAUGCGGGGGGAAGAACGACUUCGGCUACAGGAAAUCGGACCGUACGUGUAUCAGGAGUUUUUGGAACAUCACAAUUCAACCUUCAACCCCAAUGGUACGCUGAGUUUCGUGCCGGUGCGACGGCAAGUGUUCGUACCCGAGAGAUCGGUCGGUGAUCCUAAGGAAGAUCGCAUAAUGAUCCCCAACAUAGCCUUGCUGGGAGUGUCGAGUGCUGCGUACAGGAUGUCCACAUUUGCGGCUCUGGCCGUGGCUGCUGCUCUGAGACCACUCGGUAUGGCUCCUAUUUUGAACAUUACUACGCAUGAUCUACUGUGGGGCUACGAUGAUCCGCUUGUUAAGAUAGCAUCGACCUUGCUACCGGACAUAAUUCACUUCCAAAAACUUGGCGUAUUGGAUCGGAUGUUUGACGAUGGCUUUGACACCGUUACGAUUAAUCUUCCUGAAUCGGUGCGCAACCAGCAAGAUGCAAAUGGUGACAAUGUGUUUGUUGACGACGACGUACCGGAGAGUUUACACGACGAAUAUUAUGAGGACAAAACAUCAGCAGCUGGCAAGAGCGAACCGAUCCGGGACUAUUCGAUAGACCUAUGGAAUGGAUCGCCGGGACUGGCACAUUGGGGCUACGUGGGAAAAGAUCGCUGGGAUGCCAAUGAAAGAAACACACCCUGCAACACACUCCAGGGAUCCUAUGAUGGGUCCGUAUUUCCACGCAACAUCUCUAAAAAAGAGGUGUUCAAAGUGUACCGCAAAGCAUUUUGUCGCACGCUUCCGAUUGCUUUUGAAAGGGAAGGCGAAGUCGAUGGUAUCAAAGCGUAUUGGUUUUCGAUACAGGAGAAUGCAUUCGAAAGCUCUCUGAAUGAUCCUUAUACCUCGUGUUACUGCAGAAACAACCAAUGUCUUCCAAAGGGUCUGGGAGAUUUGAGUCCCUGUUGGUACAACAUUCCUGUAGCGGUAUCAUUACCGCAUUUUUACAAAGGUGAUCCAGGGCUCGUUAAUGCGAUUGACGGGCUAAGUCCAAACAAAGAGAAACACGAUGCCGUUAUCAUUAUGCAACCGCAACUCGGUAUUCCCAUGAAGGCUAACAUUCGGGUGCAAAUCAGUCUGCUCUCCAAUAUCAGCUUCAACUCAGAGUUGAAGCCGUUCCACAACACGGUGAUUCCGCUGAUAUGGGCAGAAAUGUCGCUGGAGAAACUGACUCCGGAGCUCAUCCUUUUGUUGAACCUCCUGUUUGACAUCGCUCCAUACUUACAGACUGGGACAGUGUGCCUGUUGGGUCUACUGGGAGCUUCGCUAAUCGCUACAGCGGCACUAGUGUUGCUGUGUUCGGCUGAAGCGGCAAAGUUCGAGUAUGAUCCUCGCAAAUCGAUUCGGUAUUCUACCGUCAACAUGAUACCGUAUCCUCUAUUGCGAAAGGAGCUGGAAAAGUAUGGUGAUGGAGAACCGAUUCGCAGGGAGCCACUGCUGAUAGAGAACUAUGCGUGAAAGCAACAGACACUAGAGCACCCUUUGUAUGUUGAAUCUCUCCGCUGGUCGGCCAUGGGCACUGUUAUCCCUUGCACCCAUCAGUGGGGACAUUCGAACUGAGAUUUUAUUCUUAUAGAAUAAUACGAUUAAGCUAGCACACGCACACAAAUAGUCAUGUGCGCCAGAACACAACUCGGAAACAUGGUAGAACACCUUAAUUGUGAUAUUUUUUGUAUAUUGUUACACCUAGCUAGCAUUAAAACACCGUUGGAGGGUUCAGUAUCGUUACUCUGUACAACUAUAAAUAUUGUUAUUUCUAUCAGAUAGUCCGUUAAUAUGGUUUCACAUAAGAUAAAGUAAUAAAGGUGGUGUUAACGCAAACCAGGAUUUAAACUAUUUGAUGAUACGAUAACGAUGUUGAAGCUAGGAUAAUUCCUUUCUGAGAGUUGAUCGUACUACUUCCAAGGGGUAUCGGAAAGGAUUAUUAUGUUUUCCUUAGAUGGACCGUGCACUGGUGGACCCAUUCUGAGACUCGUCCUUAACCUCAUUGCAGUACGUGUCGUUUUGGGGCAAUGAGUGAUGAAAAUGGAAAACUGUGUAGAAAAGGAAAACGGAAAACAAGGAAAAGAAUCUGCUACCAAACAGACCAUCCAGACCAUCCAGACAUAAGAGAUCUUUCCCUAAAUUCUGAUUUUCUCCUGUGUAUUCUCUUCAAUUUUCUCUUCAAAAGAGCCAGAAAUGAUCGAGGUACCAAUUUUAAACAAAAAUGCCAAACAUGGCGAGGCGCAGGAUUCACUCCAAGAACCUUUAGGAAAAAGUAUUCAAAAACUGCGAUUGUUCUGAUAGAGUUCUGGUAGAUUGGUAAGAAUAAGGGCUACGGUACUGGAUAAAGAUUCGCAGGCGAUGCAAGAAGCAAUCAUAUCCAUUUUCGAUAAAAUUAAGGAAAAAAUUUCU